UGAAUGCUUUGGCUGCGGCUUGAUGUUGCAUUACUCUACAGGUAGUGGCUAUAGGCACUGCCGUAGAGAUGUGUGUAUUUUCCAGCCGCAGCCAAACAAAUCAAACACAACCAGUGAACGGUGUGAAGUCUGAAUUCGGGAACCACAAUGUUAACUAGAAAUAACUGGCGAUUCUUCCAGUCUUGGUUGGAGGUUGCUCGCCAGCACAACACACUGCCACAGUGCCUCAGACGCAGAUCAUCCAGAGCCCAAUCUCUUUCACCGUUUCCACAAACUGAAAUCGUGCCACAAAUCAGAAAACUCUCCACUGCAGUGUUCUCAAGCAGCUGUGUCUUACAGUCACCGAGAUUGAAAUCGGGCCGGCUGAGAUGUGACACUGUCCUGGCAAGUCGACUGAAGACUUUGCUAUGUCGGCACGACGGCCAAAUUUAUUCUACUGUCGGAUUCAGGACAUCGCCCCCUCGUCAGGCCAUCCCUCCAUUACUUGUUCUCUUAUUUGUGAAGCCAAUUGCAAAGUUGACAGCUAUUUUAAGUGGACGUACCUUCCGAAACUGGUGGAGAGCUCUACCCCACAACAAGCGGCAGUACUUCUAUGAGUCCCUGGGCAGGCACAAGUACAAGAUCCUGGCAACGCUGCUGGGGCUGACGGGUGUCUGCUCGGUCUACUACUACAGUCACUUGCAGACAACGCCGUUCACCAACAGGAAGCGCUUCAUUGCCUUCACGGAUAGCCAGUUUAAGAAGAUUGCCGCCUCUGAGUAUGAAAAAAUGAAGUCAUUGCAUGCAGAAAAGUCUGUGCACAGUUCCCACCCGCUCUACUUGACGAUAGCCAAGCUGGUGAUAAAAAUCACCGAGGCUAACAGCGACAUUCCCGAGAUUCGAGAUCGCACCUGGACCAUACACAUCAUAGACAAGGACGUCAAGAAUGCAUUUGUCCUGCCAAAUGGGGAAAUUUUUGUCUUUGCCGGUAUCCUGAAAGCAGUGACCAAUGAAGACCAGUUGGGAGCCGUACUGGCACAUGAGAUAGCCCAUGUUGUACUCAAUCAUGCGGCAGAGCAGGUCAGCUUCACCCAGUUUGUGGACGUACUCCUUAUCGUUGUUCUUGCUGCCCUGUGGGCUUUCCUCCCCAGUGAUGGGUUAGCCGUCGUAGCCACCUGGUUCAAAAGCAAAGUUGUAGAGCUGCUACUUGAAAUGCCCUACAGCCGUAGUCUGGAGACAGAAGCGGAUCGAGUGGGUCUCAUACUUGCUGCUAAGAGCUGUUUUGACGUUCGAGAGUGCAAAGCCUUCUGGGAGCUCAUGGCCCUGCGGAGUGACGCCGGCGAGGAAGACACUGUAGACAUUGAAUGGUUGAGUACGCACCCUACCCACCAGAACAGAGCUGACAGUCUGGGUGCGCACAUGCCCGAGGUUUUGAAACUGAGGGAAGAGUGCAAGUGCCCGCCAUUGCCGGCCGUGGAUCCGUCGGCGGUUGUCGCCAAGCAGCGGCAGAUUCUCCUGGAGAAGCAGGAGAGACGAAGGAAGGAACCCCCCAGCAUCUCAGGAAUCCGCAUCACAUCCUAGAACUCGGAGCCAGGAUUCAGUUGGGGCCACAUUGUCAAACUUUCAAAGUUUAUCCAACCCUGGCAUCCCACUAAGCGCCUUCAGGUUUACCUAGCUCAUUAUCGUCCACUUUUUAUUAGCGCACGUUGUUUGCAGCAUUCAAUCAGUUGUACAAUUCCUGUGAGAUUGUCAGUACUUUCAGGAAAGAAGGACCUGCAAGAUAUUAUGCAAACAUAAGCUCACUAUCUCCACAAACUAACACACAAGUGGGUAAUUCCAGAAAUUAGGGGAGUUCAGAACACAUUUUUUAAUUUCCUAGAGUGAAUUAAUGCAAAUUACCUGUC